AUGGCUCGAGCAGAUCCGUUUCCCCUCACGCAACUCGCGAGUCCCCUUAUUUCACACCUCGCGGUUCCGCUUCCGCCCACCGCGCACGUCAUGACUUCGGCCACCACGCUUUCCCCCAGCAUUUCCCGCCGACUCUCCGCGCGGGUUACCUGCUCUGCCUCCCCCUUCCCCAUCUCCCCUUCCCCCGACUCCUUCGAUCCUCUCCGCGGCAGCAAUCUCGGCGACGGCGCGGGGGAGAGAGGGACGAGGGGAAGACAGGGACAGUCGCGGCAACAGCGGCAGCAGCAACGUCAGCAGGAGCGGCAGCAGCUUCGCCAGCAGCGAAAGCAGGCGGAGUGGCAGGAAAGAUCCGAGAAGGUGCGCGAGAGGACGGUUCCGCUGAGUCGCCGCCCGGAUUACAGCGACGAGCUGCGCGCCCUGCAGCUCGAAGAGCCAGAUCCGCCAGGCGCCAGCCGCGCAGAUCCGCCACGCGCCAGCCGCGCAGAUCCGCCAGGCGCCAGCCGCGCAGAUCCUGCAGGCGCGCGGACCCCCCCCGCGUCGGAAGGUCGCGAAGAAGAAGGUGGCGCGGGGAGGGAGCCUGGGGAGUGGAGCAGCGGGAAUAGUGGUAGCAGGGGUAGUGCGAGGGGAAGGGGUGAGAGUGGGGGGAACGAGCGGGGCGGAUACUGUCGGGGCGCAGAUGAGCUUCCCUCGUUGUCGUCCGUUAUGGCGGCCGCCGCCAAUAUGCCCGCGCAGCGCCCGCGCCAGCGCCAGCGCACACCUCUGCCCUCCCCGGUACAGGCGGAGGUGUGGGCGCAGCAGCGCGCGCUGGAGCGCGUGGCGGAGGAGGUGGAGGCGGAGAUUGCGCGCGCGCUGGCGGAGCGGCGCACGGACGACGCCGUGAGGCUGCUGUGGCGGGAGCGGCAGGCGGGGCGGUGGGCGGGCAGCCGCUGCUGGAGCCGCGCGGUGGCGCAACUUAGCCUCCGCGGGCAGUGGCGCAAGGCGAAGCGGCUGAUCGACGAGGUGUGCCGCGCGCAGAUGGGGGGACACGCGGGCGGAGAGGGGCAGGCGGAACGAGGAAAGGCGUGGGAGCAGCAGUGGCCGGCGGGGAGUGCGGUGGGUAGUGGUGCUGGAGGGAGUGGAGAGGUGUUCAGAGAGGUGCAGGUGGAUGAAGACGCCUUCGGUCUCGCUGUGAUGGCAGCGGCGCGCAGUGGCUGUGCGGCUGACGCAGCCGCCAUGCCAUGUUCCCACCUCUUCCCCCUCAACCUCCCCUCCCCUUCCCCAUUACUUCCCCUCCCCAUCCGUCCGCCCAUCAGCGGAGCUCCUGGCGCAGAUGCUGCGCGAGGGGCACCUUCCGCGCGUGGCGGUGUGGAGCGCCGUGGUGAGCCGCAUGGGCCGCGACCCCGCGCUCGCUGCCGCCGCCGUGAGGCUCUUCAGAGAGUGCUGCGCCGUCGCUGCUGCCAAGGUGCGUUGCUUGCGGAACCAUUCCUCACACGCACCACACCCUGCCUGCUUUCCUCCCCAGAGCUGUCCUCACAUGCGUCCGGAAACAGCAGCCUUCAUUCCUCUAAUCCCCCCUAUCUCCCGCUCUAUGCCCACCCUAUGCACUCCAUAUCCCCUUCCUAUCCCCCCUCUUAUUCCCCCCUCUGUCCCCCUCUCUAUCCCCCCCUCUAUCACCACCUCAAUCCCCCAAUCUGCCUCCGCUUCUGUCCCCCCUUCUAUCCCCCUUUCCCCCCUCUCCUAUUACCCGCUUCCACCCCAAAGAGCUCUUCACAUGCGUCCGGGCACAGCAACCCUCAACCGUCUGUCCGCCCUACCUCUCCCCUCUAUCCCCCACCCGUGCGCCCCCUUUCCCUCACCGUUCCCUCCCCUUUCCCUCCCAGUUUCCCCUCAGAGCCCCCCCCCCACAUGCGUCUGGACACACCAGCCUUCAACCCCCUAUCUCCCCCUAUGUUCCCCCAAUCCCUUCCCUCUCCCCCCUACUAUCCCCCCCCAUGCGCCCCAUUCCCCCCACCUUCCCCCCCAGAGCGCCCCCCACAUUCGUCCGGACACAGCCUUCACCCCCCCAUCCCCCCCCCUAUCUUCCCUCUAUUCCCCCUUCUAUCCCACCCCCAUGCGCCCCCUAUCCCCCCACUUCCCCCCCAGAGCGCCCCCCACAUGCGUCCGGACACAGCAGCCUUCAACGCGGCAAUCAACGCGGCGGUGACAGCUGGCGACCUCCCAUUGGCGGAGCGGCUGCUGGGGGAGGGCAUGGCGGGGGCGGGCGUGACUCCCGACGCCAUCAGCUUCAACAUCCUGAUCAAGGGGCGCGCGGCACAGGGCAUGCCUGAAUGCGCACACGAGCUGCUGAGACACAUGCUGGCGCAAGGGCGUGCAGCCAGAUGCAGCGUCCUGCAACUCGUCGCAGGGCGUACAGCCAGACUCGGCAUCGUUCAACUCGGUGGUGGCGGGCUAUGUGGCGUGCGGCAUGAUGAGGCGCAGGGCGUGCAGCCAGACGCAGCGUCCUUCAACUCAGUGGUGGCGGGCUAUGUGGCGUGCGGCAUGAUGGGGGAGGCGCAGGCGCUCGUGCAGACCAUGUGGGACCAGGGGGAGGGGCAGGGGGAGGGGGGGAGGGAGGGGCAGGACCAGGGUGAGGCGGAGGCGGAGGGGGAGGGGCAGGGGGAGGAGAAGGGAGCAGAGGGAAAGGAGGGUGGGAAGCAUCGGGUGGGGGUGGGGCCCAACGUGCGUAUGCUCUCCAUCCUCAUCAAGGGCCUCGUUGCCUCUGGGGACCUCGCUGCCGCCUUUCAGGUGCGCUCUCUUCCUCUUCUCCUCCCCACGGAUCCACUCCACACCGCUCUUUCCCAUUGGCCAGAUUGGUUUGAGCGCAUGAAGCAGCGGCGGGACACUGCCCCGAACCACAUCACAUACGCCACGCUCAUGCACGCCCUCGUCUCCUCCCCGCCCCACCUCAUCCCUGCUCCCAUCCUCGCCCGCGCUGCUGCUGCCUAUGCCUCUGCUGCCGCUGCCUCUGCCGUUGCCUCUACCUCAGCUGCCUCUGCUGCUGUCGCCGCCACCCCUUUUACUGGCGCCAGUGCAGUGACCUCUGCAGCCUCACAAGCUGCCCUCGCUGCCAGCAGCACCAACCCCCCAGCGCUGCCUCCCCUUGCACCCGCCACCUCACCCGAUGCUGCUGCUGCUGCCGACGGCGUGGAUUCGCGGGGAGCCGUCGCAUCUCUGAGGAAGCCAAGCGUCUGGAAGGCCGCAGGGCCCAGCAAUGCAGGUGCAGGCAGUGAGAGUCUUAGCGGCGCUGGCAGCCUUACUGGCACUGGGAGUGGGGCAGGCGCAGGCAGGGGGGAGGCGGUAGAGCAGCAGGGGCUGGGUAAUGGCCGUGCUGGUGUGCUGGCUGGUAGCAGCAGAAGGAACAGAAUGGUGGUCCGGACAGGCUUUAGCAAUCCGACAAGGAGGGAAAACAGCGAGGCCCUAGCAGGUGCAGGCAACCUUGACGAGUUGGCGGUGGUGGCAGCGCGGCAGCUGCUGGAGGAGAUGAGGGCGCGGGGCGUGGCAGGCAACACCGCGGUGCUGAACGUGCUUGUUAAAGCCCACUGCGACCGCGGGCAGAUGGGGGAGGUGGAGGCACUGCUGAGAGAGAUGGGGUGUGGUGGGGGUGCGGGUUCUGGGAAGCGGCGGCUAAUGCAAGGCACGGCUUCCCCUGCUGCACCCAAUACUGGUGAGGCUGCUGGGGAGGCUGCUGGAGGCUUUCAGGGCGCUUCUAAGGCGCCUCAAAAGCCACCUGUUGCUGGCGAGAUUGCUGAUGCUUCUGAGGGUUCGGCCACCCGUGGGGGGGGCGUGUGGGGCGUGCGGCCAAACGCUGCAACGUUUGUGACCAUCAUAGCGGCGUGUGGCAGGGCGGGCACGUGGAAAGGGCGGGGUCAGGCGAAGUGGAGUGCUCGGGGUGAUGCUGUCAGUGGCGCUGAUACUAUUGCAGAGCCUGGUGUGCUGCCUCAGGCUGCUGGCCGUUAUGCUGCUGGUGCCCUAGUUAACCCGAGCAGCAGUUUUGUGGGCGAGAGCUGGAGCAGCCGCACCAGCGAAACUGGCACGUCCUUUUACGAUCCGGUGGAUGUGAGGUAUGAGAGCGAGUGGGGUGGGGCAGAGGCAGCAUUGCAGUGGUUUGCGCGCAUGCGGCGGGAAGGCAUAGCGCCAACAGUGCAGGUGUACACGGCUCUCAUCUCCGCCCUCGGCCAGGCCCCUGAUGCUGACCCUGCCCGCGCCCUCUCCGUGUUUGAAGAGUUGCUUGUGGAGGCUGGGAGUGGUGGAGUGCGGUUGGGAGGUAGAGAGGGUGGUGGGAGCCGGGGAGGGAGAGGCAGUGCGGCGAUGAGUGGUGGAGAGGAGUUGCGGGUGGAUGCAGCGGCGUGGGGCGCGGUGAUUGACUCGCAGGCGAGGGCAGGGCUGGUGGAGCAGGCGUGGAGUCUGUACCAGCGAGCCAAGUCACCUCCGUUCCGUGUCACCUUCAUUCUUCGCUCACCACCUCGCUCUCACCUCGCUCUCACCUCGCUCUCACCUCGCUCUCACCUCGCUCUCACCUCGCUCUCACCUCGCUCUCACCUCGCUCUCACCUCGCUCUCACCUCGCUCUCACCUCGCUCUCACCUCGCUCUCACCUCGCUCUCACCUCGCUCUCACCUCGCUCUCACCUCGAUCUCACCUCGCUCUCACCUCGCUCUCACCUCGCUCUCACCUCGCUCUCACCUCGCUCUCACCUAUGAUGAAUCUCAUUCUCCCACCACACUCGCACCUCGCAUCCGCUUCAGUCGUCCCCGUGCCAGCCACCAACGACACUCAAAUGUGCGCAUUGGCAACUGCAGAGGGGGGAGGCACGCCUAGCACAUGUUUGAACCUUUCUCUUUCACCUCCCUCCUCACUUUCACCUCUCUUCUCCCACCUGCAGGCGGCUUCAGUCGUCCCCACGCCAACCACCUAUGGCAGCUUAGGCCGAGCACAGGCAACAGCGGAGAGGGCAGGGGAGGCGCUGGUGCUGUGGUGCGACUCAAAAGGAUCGACUGCCACAUACGGCAGUCUGGUGCGAGCGCUGGCAGCAGCAGAGAGGGCCGGGGAGGCGCUGGUGCUGUGGCGCGACUUGAAGGAGCGACUGGUGGGGGCGCAGGGCAGUGAUUGGGAGGAGGGGCUGGAGUUGGGGGGAAUUGAGGGCGGGGAAGGGAGGUGGGAACUGAUGGGAGAGGCGAGGGAGGGGCGGUGGGAGGAGCUAGGCGAGACGGGAGGGAGCGGGAGUGAGGGAGGGAGUGAGGGGGAGGAGGAAGGAGGGAUGGGGGAGAGCGAGGGGGAGGAGGGGGGAGUGGUGGAGGUGGUUGGAGUACGCGGGGAGAGGGAGUGGGUGAGGAGCAGGUGGGAGCAAAGAGGGGACGGAGGGGGAGUGAGAGGGAGAGUGGUGGGUGUGGCAGCAGAAAGAGUGACGUGGAGGGCAGGAGUGGCAGGAGGAGGAGCAAAGGGGGCAGCAGGGGUGUGUGUGGAUGAGGCAGUGAUGGAUGGGCUCAUGCUCAUCUUCAUGCAGGCUGGAUACUUCCAGCGUGCACUGGAGGUGGUGGGGGCGAUGGAGCGAGCAGGGCUGGCGCCAGACAGGCUCAAGUACAAGCGCAUGCUCAUCACCUCCCUCUCCUCGCGCCGCCACCGCGCCCUCUCCUCCCUCUCCACUGCCACCGCUGCUCCCGAUGAGUUCCCGGGGUCACGGGGCUUUGAAGCGCUUAAGUUCUGGCUGGGGCUGCCCAACCGCCUGUAUGAGUCCGACUGGAGCUGGAGGGAUUGA